AUGCACUUUAAUCGUCAACACAAUGACGGCGAGGAGAUGGUGCGUAAGGCGAUACGUUCGCCGCUAGUAGCGAACGCCUCCGAUACCGUUAUGCCUUCGGAAGUCUUUGAGUGGACGACGAAGGACGUCUCCAUCUGGUUGCACAGCGCAGGAUUUCAUCAGUAUGCUGACCUAUUCGCUGUUCAGCAUAAGAUUGAUGGCGCCACCCUCCUCAUGUUAUCCGAGCUAGACCUUCGAGAUCCUCCACUGCAAAUUAAAUGUCUAGGUGAUAUCAAAAGGCUCGGUAGAGCAAUUUAUGAAUUAAAAAAUUCUCAUAUAAAUUCCAUACAAACAUCUCCACGGGUGUCGGAAUCAGCAUCUCAGGAUGACGUUUUAUUAUGCGUUGAAUAUGAUCAUAGAAGAAAAAUGUCAAUAUCGGGCGAGGACGUUUUUGUACGGACGAAACAGAGUGCGAUCAUAGAUGACGCUAUGGUAGAAACAUUAUCCAGUUCCGGUGAUAUUCAUUCAGUCCGUCUUAUAUCCAGGGAUGAGCUUAUACGAACUGUCGAAAGUCCGGAUACCAAAGCAAAAAGCCUUGCUAAAUUGCUUAUAGCUUUUCUUUACUGCUUGUCGUCAUUGCUCAUUACAGCUUUCGCUAUGGUUUUAGUACAUGAUCGUGUUCCAGACAUGAAGAUGUAUCCUCCACUUCCUGAUAUCGUGCUUGACAAUUUGCCAUUAAUUCCAUGGGCUUUUGACAUGUGCGAACUAAUAGGUGUAGCUCUUAGUGUUAUCUGGUUCACGGUGCUUCUGUUCCAUAAACAUAGGAUAAUCAUAACACGACGGAUGUUUUCAUUAGUUGGCACAGUAUUUCUUCUUCGUUGCAUUACCAUGUUAAUUACAUCGUUAUCAGUUCCUGGAGUACAUUUGGAGUGUCGAGCGAAGAGCUAUGGAAGUCUCAUGGACAAGCUUGUGCAAGCGUUUCAUAUUUGGUCUCGUUUAGGGAUGUCAAUACAGGGUGUAAGAACGUGCGGUGACUAUAUGUUUAGUGGGCACACCACUGCUAUCACUCUUCUCAAUCAUUUCAUUACGGAAUAUACACCGGCAUCUUGGACUUUCCUGCACACAGCUACUUGGGUAAUGAAUCUAUUCGGGGUUUUCUUCAUUCUCGCCGGACAUGAACACUACUCUAUUGAUGUGUUUAUAGCAUUCUAUAUUUCAUCUCGCAUGUUCCUCUAUUACCAUGCCUAUGCAUACAACCACGCAAAUUUAACGGCUACCGAUGACCGUAUUCGCCUGUGGUUUCCGCUCGGAUGGUUCUUCGAAGCUGGUAGUAUUGGAAAGGUUCAAAACGAAUUUGAAAUGCCUUUGCGGGUGAUCAUUCCACGCUGGUGGAAGGGCACUCAUCGAGGUCACGAAGAAAGAGAGAAGAAGGAGGAACCGAGGCACGAGAAAGAAGGAAAACACUCGAAAAAGCCAAAAAAGAAGUACCAUUAG